GAGAGGGGUGGGCGUGUCCAGCCACGCCUCUCCAGUGGCGCCACGUGUGGGCAGAGCGGCGGCUUCCGUGCCCUCAGCUGACGUCAUCAGUGGACGCAUGAGCAGGAAAUGGAAGGCAACGCACGCCCGUCCGUCGGGCAGAUCAUUCUCCUGGCAUCCAGCUCCGCGGUCACCGCCAUCUUCUACUCCAUAUACCGCCACAAAUACCGAUCUGCACAGUCGCUCAAGGGAGCCAAGAAAAUCUCCUUAGAUGACGACUUGCAGAAUAUCCUCAUGGACCUGCCCGGGAAGUGCGUCCCCUAUGCGGUCAUUGAAGGCGUGGUGAGGACCGUGAAGGAUUCUCUCAGCAGCCAGUUCAUGGAUAGCUGCAAGGGUGUCAUCCACCGGCUGUCUCUGAAGGAGCACAAAAUGGUCUGGAACAGGACAACGCACCUCUGGAACGACCACGAGAAAGUUAUCCACCAGAGGACAAACUCUGUGCCCUUUGACCUGGUGCGAGACGACAUUGCUGAACCCGGUUCAUAUGUCCGGGUUGUGAAACCUUUAGACGCAACAGUGUUAGACCUUGAGACCGUCUAUGAGAAGUUCCACCCUGCCGUGCAGUCCUUCAGCAACGUGCUCGGACAUUUCAUCACCGGGGAGAGGCCCAAAGGGGUCCAGGAGACAGAGGAAAUGCUGAAAGUCGGGGCGACGCUGACCGGCGUUGGCGAGCUGGUUCUGGACAACAAAAUCAUCAAGCUGCAGCCUCCAAAAGCGGGGAUGCAGUACUACCUGAGCAGCCUGGACUUUGAGUCCUUGGUGCAGAAGCAGGAGUCCCAGGUGCGUCUCUGGAAGAUCCUUUCCUUGCUCUGUGGGAUGGCCACGUGUGUCACCCUCUUCUUUAUCCUGCGGCAUCAGUACCGGCAUUACAAGGAGAAGCAGCGUCAGAAGAGGCUGCUGAGGGAGUUCCAGGAGGCCAGUGCCCCGGGAGAGGAAGGUGAUGAGGCUCGCAACGCCUGCACCAUCUGCCUGAGCAACCAGAAGGCCUGCGUCUUCCUGGAAUGUGGUCACGUCUGUUCCUGCUACCAGUGUUACCAGGCUCUCCCUGUGCCCAAGAAGUGCCCCAUAUGUAGGAACAGUAUUUCCAGAAUGGUUCCGUUGUAUAACAGCUAGGACCCGAUGGCUCAUCCCAGAUCUGCUGCUGCUGGUGUUUGGAAGCGGGGUAUAGGAAGAGAACACGUCGGUGUUAUACAUACUCUCUGAGAGGGCAGUGAAUCAUAAGUGUUCAGUGCAGUGCAUAAUUCAUAACCAGGAUCAAAUAAAAGCCUAUUUUGAUCGAAAUUUGAAUGAAUGCAGAACUUGGUGAAACGCGUUGAUAAUGUUGAUUGGACAGCAAGCAACGUUAUAAUAUAUAAUAGUCUGUUUAUGAGCAAACUGUAAUAAACCUAUGUUCUGGGAAGAA